AUGUCUUCCUCUUCUCUUCAAGUGGUAAUGCUUUUGCUUGCUUUAUUCAGUCUCAGUGCUCUGGUGGCAGCCUCAGCCGGAAAUUUUGGACAAGAUUUUGAUAUUACAUGGGGCAAUGAUCACGUUAAGAUGCUCGAUGGAGGCCGGUUUCUCACUCUUUCUCUUGACAAUACUUCCGGUUCUGCUUUCCAAUCCAAGAAUGAAUAUCUAUUUGGCAGAAUUGACAUGCAAAUCAAGCUUGUAAGUGGCAACUCAGCUGGCACUGUUACUACCUAUUAUUUAUCAUCUCAAGGACCAAACCAUGAUGAAAUUGACUUUGAGUUCUUAGGCAACCUGUCUGGAGAUCCAUAUAUAGUUCAUACCAAUGUCUUCACACACGGGGAAGGGAACAGAGAACAGCAAUUCUAUCUCUGGUUUGAUCCCACAAAGGCCUUCCACACAUACUCUUUCAUCUGGAAUUCUCAAGUUAUCAUGUUUUUGGUAGAUAACAUUCCUAUAAGAGUGUUCAACAACUUGAAAUCACUUGGUGUUCCAUUCCCCAACAGCCAACCCAUGAGGAUUUACUCAAGCCUCUGGAAUGCCGAUGAUUGGGCAACGAGAGGGGGGCUUGUGAAGACUGACUGGACCAAAGCACCAUUCAUAGCCUCUUACAGAAAUUUUGAGGCCAAUGCUUGUGUUUGGUCAUCUGGGUCAUCAUCUUGUGUCUACAAUUCAAAUUCUUUGCAGACUAAUACAUGGCAGGAUCAAGCACUUGAUGCAACAGGUCGAAGAAGGAUUCGUUGGGUGCAAAAGAAAUAUAUGAUUUACAACUACUGCACUGACUUGAAACGCUUUCCUCAAGGUCUCCCACCCGAAUGUGAGAGAUCAAAGCUCCACUGAAGGGACUAAAGCACCCUCAUGCGAUCUUUUUCUUUUUCUUUUUGUCACUCAGCAUUAGAUUUAUAGCUUAUGAAAAUUCUUUAUUCUUUGUGCAAAAAUUGUCUAAGAACCAAAUAAAAUCAAAUUUUCUUUU